UAGUUACCGCCGGGUUAGUUUUUGUCAUUUUCAUAAAGUUCGUGCUGAACGCAUAUCGUGUUUUUAAAAUAAUAGUUAAAUUUUUUUGUAUUUUAAAUAAUCCUUUUGGGUCAGAUUUUGCUAUUAUUUAUUAUCUAUAAUUAAUUGUAUUUUAAACAAAAUUUUUUUCGAUCAUGUUGGCUAUUCAUUUCCUGUUUUUAGUUAUUUUUAACUUAAAGUUUUCAAAAUGUGAAGAAUCGGGCCGAAUAAUAAAUGGCACCAUGGCUACUCUUGGUCAAUUCCCUUUCAUGGUUUCCUUAAUAGAAAGAACCGCAGAAACUUGUAAGGUGAACUGUGCAGGAACUCUCAUUACCGAGCUGAAUAUUCUGACGGCGGCAAAAUGUUUCAUAAAGCCAGGAGCAGUGGCUAACAAUUACGCCUUUGCAGGCGACAUUGAUGUUGGGGAGGUGGUAGAUAUUCCACCAAGUAGGCAAGUUCGAACCAUUGUAAGAGCCACUACUCAUCCAAAUGCGUACCGCUUCACAAAUCCAGUAAACCCAGAAUUCGAUGUGGCUGUUCUCGAAGUGAUAGCUCCAUUCAAGCUAACACAAUAUGCCAACGUUGCUGCAGUGGCGCCUUAUGAGUUACCAAAUUUAUCAAAUUGUAUGGGACUGGGAUUUGGCAGGAUUGGUAAAAACGUAACCGCACCAAGCGGAAAAUUACAUUAUGGAAGGUUACGUAUAGACCGGAACAUAUGCAAAUGCCCUUGGUGUUACUGUAUUUAUUCUACAGAAGUGGAAAUACCUGCGGUACAUAAAUUGAGUAUACUACAUUAA